AUGGCAAAUUCAGACAUUAAAGAUUUCCCACCUCGUCGUCACGUUCCCCCACCUGCUCAUCUUUCGGAAUUCUAUCAUUAUGUAGACGGCCCAGGCCAUUCAAAGCCUCAAGUUGGUGCAGCCAGUCAGGUGGGGACAGCUGGGGCUGUUGCAGUUACAGAUUCAAUUGAUGGGGUUAAGGCCGUAAAGUUAUCAGACCACUCUACAUCGUCGUCGGCAGAUGGACAGUCACCAGAUAUAUCAACACCUGUGUUGCCUGUGUCACCAAUAUCAGACAUAUCAAAGCAUAUGAAUAGUCACACUAUUGGAGCUUCUUCGAUAACGUCGUCAAGACUUUUACGAUACACCUUGUCGCAUACAGAGUCUUAUCAAUCGUCUACAGCACCAUCAGCAUUGGAUUUGGAAACGCUAAUCACAGGGAAAGAUAUUAAAGAUACGAUCGACUGUUACAAGACAUUAAUUAACACGUCUCAGAAAUACCGGGAGGCACUAGCACAGCUCAAUCUGGCGGCCAGCGAGUUUGGUGGAGCUUUAGAGACGUGUGCUCGGUUGAAAGGAUCCGGGGAAGCAUCAGAAGGACUCAUGGGAUGCAGUGGUUUGCAAUAUAUGAUAGCCAAUCAACAGCAAAUCCUUGUGCGAAACUUGGAAGUGGAUUUUCAGAAUCCAGUGGUGGGAAUCAUUGAUGAAUUUGAGCAGCAGCACUUGAAUACGGAUGCCGAGUUUAAGAAAUUGAUUAAUGAUAAGGUACGUCAGUUGAAGAAGAACGAGAAGACCAACAUCAAAUUGAGUCGCAAGAAAUACAGGAACAUAGCGGCGUAUCGGUCAAAUUUGCAGCAAUUAACCGCUCAAUUGGAUGAGAUUGACCGGUUGAAGCACGACUAUUAUAUGAGCUCGUAUGAACAAGUUCAGUGUGCUUCUAGAUCGAUUUUGGAUAGAACCAGGGAUAUAGUUUCUUUGGAGACUACUAUAUAUGAUAGCGUUGCAAAGAAGGGAGAAACUGGAGGAGGGUUAGAUAAUUUACUUGAAGAGGAGUCGGAUGCACGUCAAGAGACGGAGUUUAAUGAUGAUGAAGCAGAUAGCACAUUAAAGACUGAUAAUGACCAUGAAGAGACUCCAAAGGAUGCGUCCAAUGAGAUUUUUGCCUCUACAUCAACCGCCUCACCUUCUGCUGAACAAAAACACAGCAGCUUAAUUGAAGAUGGUGAAAUGAACAGCGACAAAGAAAUUGAGGAGAAUGAAUCGUCACCGCAUGAUGAUCCACACUAUACCUCCACUGGGGCCCGUUUCACAGAGCAUUUAGACAAUCAAAACUCGAACGAAGAGCCUCUUAGAGAUACGACAAACACAACUGGGAUUGACCGGAGUAUUUCCCCUGAUAAGUCCAAGACUUCUAUCUAG